UGGAAAUUUUCCUGAAAGAAGUGGGGACUUUUAGAUGUCUUCUCUUUAAAUUUUGCUCUACAAAUAUCACAAGCUAUUCAUUCCACACUACUCCAACAAGCAAACCAAGCAAGAAGAGGAAGAGAGACAUAGCUGCAGUGGUGGAUAAUAAUGGGGAGGGGAAAGAUAGAGAUCAAGCGAAUCGAGAAUACGACCAACAGGCAAGUUACCUUCUCCAAGCGCCGAGGAGGGCUGUUGAAAAAGGCUCAUGAGCUUGCUGUGCUGUGUGAUGCCCAGCUUGGGCUCAUCAUUUUCUCCAGCACUGGCAAGAUGUAUGAAUAUUGCAGCUCCCAUUCAAGCAUGCAGCAAAUCAUGGAAAGAUACCAGAAAGUCUCGGGGAUUCGGAUCCAGGAGUAUGACAACAAGCAAGUAUUUAAUGAGUUGACAAAGAUGAGGAGUGACACUGAUAAGCUUCAGACAAGCAUGAGACAUUUCUAUGGAGAGGAUUUGGUUUCUUUACCUUAUAAUGACUUGCAUCAGCUUGAAGAAACCCUAGAGAACUCUGUUAACAAAAUAAGAGCCAGGAAGAAUUUAAUGCAAUCUUUGUUCUACAAGUUACAGUACCAGCUUAUGCAACAACAGCUUGACAAUCUUCGUAGGAAGGAGCAAAUCUUACAGGACCAGCACAGCCAGAUGUACCGCUGUAUUCAAGAGAUGGAGCACCAGCAAGUAGUGAUGGAACAGAAGAGCAUGGAGCAGCCAGUGUUGGAUAUUGGGCUUUAUGCAGAUGAUUUGGGGAGAAACAUGCUUCAUCUCUCCCCUCUCUCUCCUCAGUUUCAUCAUCCUCAUCGUCUUCAGCCCACUCAGCCUAACCUGCAAGAAGCUAGCCUCCCACGCCAUGGUUUGCAGCUUUAAUUGAUACUUGAGAUCCCAUAUAAGGGGCUUCAUUGGAUCAUCAUGAAGAAGGGUACAUUCAUAAGGAGCUAGCUAGUUUGCUUGUUAGAUGAACCUCCAUCAUAACUAAAGUGUUUGUUUGUUUGCUUGAGUACUGCUAUAUACAUAUAUUGGGUUGUUUGUUAUUGUGGAUUUUAUAAACUAAUACAUUAUGUAAUAUUGAAAGCAUAUAAUUUUCAGCAGUUCUGUCCUUAGUUCAAGGUAUGGGGAUUAUUACAUCAAUCCAGACUUGUGUCCUUGGUUCUUUGUUCUUA